UUAAUUUUGUGUUUAAAACUUGUGUUGAUUAGCACUUAAAGGAAAACAAACAAAUUAAAGCUCAUUAUCAAAUUCAAAAAAAAAACUUGUGUUGAUUAAAAUGGAUAUUGUUUAUAGAUUUAUUAUAAUAGUUUUUAUAUUUAAAAUGUAUUAAUGGUUUUUCGGUUUUGUAGGAGAAUUUCUCUUUAAUUAGGAAGCAUUGCUGAAGUAUUUAGGGGUCAGCUGUAUCCGAUGUUUUCAGAUGGUUCUAGGUAAAGCAAACAUGUCACAAUGGUAAUGAUUGAUGAAUAUAACUAUGGGUGUUCUGGUAAUCUCUGUACUGUUCUUUCAAGGUUGUCAUGUGUUUGAACUCUUGUGAUUAAAUUUAAGGGGAGAGUACUAUACGAGACAACUUGAGUUUUGCAACACGAUAUGUUUAUGAACUUACAGAAUAAUUACUAAGAUAUUCUUAGGUCUAACUGUGUUGUGAUCAUCAGAUAGUUUACAGAGAAUAUUCAAGUUGAGAUUUAAAUCUGCUCUUAUUAACACUUCAACUGCUAUUUGAGUUUUAUUUAACUUACACUAGGUUUGAGUGUAGUGUAAGCACAUCUCUUGCUCACUGACGGCCACACUAGGGAAAAAAAUUAUUUCCUUGAAGCCACGGUGUUUUAUUAGAUCAAGAGACAUGUGAAUUGUGUAUGCUUCACAAGACCAUAGGCUCAAAACUAGCAUGCAUUAAAUACAACUCACAAGGCAGUUAAUGUGCUUGACCUAAUAAAACAUCAUGGCCCCAAGGGAAAAAAAUUUUUUCUAGUGUGGUAGUCAAUGUGUUAAAUCCGAGCAGACCUAAGAUCCCUUCCCCUGACUAAUCUCUAUCCAUGGUUUGUGACUCACUCUCAAGUAAAAGGCCCCUUUAAUGCUAAUUUGUUUAAUUUUUUGUUUUCAAAACCAUUCUGCAUUUUUUGCUUUGUGAUUAUGACUAAAGUAAACUGUAGAGGCCACCUGUUUUUUAACUCAGUUUUGAAUUAAGAGCUAUAGGGCGUGGGUGAAGUGGCCUGUAAUCCCAGCACUUGGGAGGCUGAGGCAGGUGUAUUGCCUGAGCUCAUGAGUUCAAGACCAGCCUGAGCCAGAGCAAGGCUCCAUCUCUAAAAAAUAGCCGGGCAUUGUGGUGAGCACCUCCCAGCUACUUGGGAGGCUGAGGCAAGAGAAUCACUUAAGCCCAAGUUUGAGGAUCCUGUGAGCUGUGAUGCGACAGCACUCUACUGAGAGCAACAAAGUGAGACUCUGUCUCAACGCCCCCCCCCCAAAAAAGAAAGGAUUAAGAGCUCUAAAGAGUUUAAGGGGAAGGAGGGAAAUGGGGAUUAUAUACACUGCUAUUUAAUAAUGAAAAUGUCUAUCCCAUUACAGAAUUGAUUUAAUUUUAAAUUUCCAUCCACUUUUAAACACUACUCAGUAGCUGAUUUACAACUUUUGCUAAUUAAUGUGUUACUUUGUUAGCUAUGGAAAAAAGAGUAGAAAGGCAUAGUUUGAGUGGGUUGAUGGGUUUGGGUAACAGAUAGCUUCAAUGAGAAGGUAAUUUAAACAAAAAACUCAAGAUAAAAGGGGGAGUAGCUUCAUAUUUAAAUGAAUUUUAGCAAAAUAGACUUUAUCAACAGUAUAAACUAGAGAAAUGGAAGUAAAUGUUUUGAGAUGUUAUAACAGAAGUUAAUACUGAAAACUUAAAAUAAUAACUUUAUAAAGGAUACAUGUAGGCCUGUGUGAUUUAACACUAUUAUUUGGCAAUGGGUUUAAAUUUGUUUCUUUACUUACCAAUUUAGCAAAUACUUCUUGGAUUUGUACUGUUGGUACUAUUUUGCUGGGUGCUUAACACUCUUAAAAAAAUACUACAAUAUUUAAAUAGCAAUAAAAAUAUAUUUUAUCUAACUAUUUGGUUUGAUUUUAAUUUCAUUUUGUCUGUAACAAGAAUAGUAAUUGCUGUUUCAAAUUCUCUGUUCUUGGUGAUGUUUCCUCUGAAUUUAUGAGCUACUUCAUUACAAAGUCUGUUGACAUUGAUGCCAUGGCUUAUCAGAAUGGCAGCCCAUCCAAACAUGCGGACCUAUUAUUUCUGCACUGAUACAGGAAAGGAAAUGGAGUUGUGGAUGAAAGCCAUGUUAGAUGCUGCCUUGGUACAGACAGAACCUGUGAAAAGAAUUACCUUUAAUUUCCGAGUAGACAAGAUUACAUCUGAAAACGCACCAAGUAAAGAAACCAAUAACAUUCCCAACCACAGAGUGCUGAUUAAACCAGAGAUCCAAAACAAUCAGAAAAAUAAGGAAAUAAGCAAAAUUGAAGAAAAAAAGGCCUUAGAAGCUGAAAAAUACGGAUUUCAGAAAGAUGGUCAAGAUAGACCUUUAACAAAAAUUAAUAGUGUAAAGUUGAAUUCUCUGCCAUCUGAACAUGAUAGUGGGUUAGCAUGCCCAGCUCAGACUGCACACUACAGACCAAUCAAUGUGAAUAGUUCAGAGAACAAAACAGUCAAUGUUAGCCUUGCAGAUUUUAGAGGUGGAAAUCACCCAAAUACAGUGCCCUUACACACAGAGACUGAUCGAGUCAUACAGAGAACGAAUUCAAUGCAGCAGUUGGAACAGUGGAUUAAAAUCCAGAAGGGGAGAGGUCAUGAAGAAGAAACCAGGGGAAUAAUUUCUUACCAAACUCUACCAAGAAAUAUGCCAAGUCACAGAGCACAGAUUGUGGCCCGCUACCCUGAAGGUUAUAGAACACUCCCAAGAAACAGCAAGACCAGGCCUGAAAGUAUCUGCAGUGUAACCCCUUCCACUCAUGACAAAAUCGUGGGACCCGGAGCAGAAGAGAAGCGGAGGUCAAUGAGGGAUGACACCAUGUGGCAGCUCUAUGAAUGGCAGCAGCGACAGUUCUACAAUAAGCAGAGCACCCUUCCUCGUCACAGUAGUUUGAGCAGCCCUAAAACCAUGGUCAAUAUUUCUGACCAGACAGUGCACUCUAUUCCCACAUCACCUUCCCAUGGGUCCAUAGCUGCUUACCAAGGAUAUUCUCCUCAACGAACGUAUAGAUCAGAAUUGUCCUCGCCAAUCCAGAGAGGAGAUGUUACUAUAGACCGCAGACACAGGGCCCAUCACCCUAAGCAUGUCUACAUGCCUGAGAGAAGGUCCAUGCCAGCUGGCCUGACUUUACAGUCUGUAAGUCCCCAGAGCCUCCAAGGCAAAACGCCAGAGGAGCUUACGCUGCUGCUAAUAAAGCUGAGACGGCAGCAAGCUGAACUGACUAGUAUCCGGGAGCAUACGUUAGCACAGCUCAUGCAGCUAAAGCUCGAGGCCCACAGCCCAAAGAAUGAAAUUCUUUCACAUCAUCUUCAAAGGAACACCAUAUAUUUGGAUCAUCAGAUGAAAGAAAAUGAACCUAUAAUCACCAUGGUUCACACAAUGAUUGAGAACUCGGCGCUAAGACCCCAACUGUACCAGCAAUUCUUAAGACAGAGGAACAAGAUAAGUCUAUAUUGUCUGUCACAAGAUGAAUGUAGAGGCACAUUGUACAAAUACAGACCAGAAGAAGUAGAUAUUGAUGCCAAGUUAAGCCGAUUAUGUGAACAAGAUAAAGUGGUACAUGCCCUGGAAGAGAAACUUCAGCAGCUCCACAAGGAGAAAUACACGCUUGAACAAGCUUUGCUAUCAGCCAGCCAGGAAAUAGAAAUGAAUGCAGAUAACCCAGCAGCCAUUCAGACGGUGGUGUUACAGAGGGACGACUUACAGAAUGGACUGCUUAGUACGUGUCGAGAGCUCUCUCGAGCCACUGCUGAAUUGGAACGAGCGUGGAGAGAAUAUGAUAAGUUAGAAUAUGAUGUAGCUGUUACCAGGAACCAGAUGCAAGAGCAGCUAGAUCGCCUUGGUGAAGUUCAGACUGAGUCAGCAGGAAUUCAGCGUGCACAGAUUCAGAAAGAACUUUGGAGAAUUCAAGAUGUCAUGGAAGGGCUGAGUAAACAUAAACAGCAAAGAGGUACUGCAGAAAUAGGUACAGCAGGAUUAAAGCCUUUCUCAACAGUUAAGUACAAAAAUGAGGAAGAGGAAGUAGUCCCACCUCGUCCUCCACUUCCUCGGUCUUAUGACUUUACAGAGCAGCCUCCCAUAAUCCCCCCUCUGCCCAGUGAUAGCAGCUCCUUGCUCUGUUAUAGCAGGGGCCCAGUGCAUCUGCCUGAAGAAAAGAAGAUUCAUCAAGUUCAAGGAUAUCCAAGAAAUGGAUCUCACUGUGGUCCAGAUUACAGACUCUACAAGAGUGAGCCAGAGUUAACAACAGUGGCAGAAGUUGAUGAAUCUAAUGGAGAAGAAAAAUCAGAACCUGUUUCAGACAUAGAAACUUCAGUUGUUAAAGGUUCUCACUUUCCUGUCGGAGUAGUCCCACCAAGAACAAAAUCACCAACACCUGAAUCUUCAACCAUAGCUUCGUAUGUUACCUUAAGAAAAACUAAGAAAAUGAUGGAUCUAAGAACGGAAAGACCAAGAAGUGCAAUGGAACAGCUCUGUUUGGCUGAAAGUACUCGACCAAGGAUGACUGUGGAAGAGCAAAUGGAAAGAAUAAGGAGACAUCAACAGGCAUGCCUAAGGGAGAAGAAGAAAGGAUUAAAUGUCAUUGGUGCUUCAGACCAGUCACCCUUACAAAGUCCUUUAAGUUUAAGGGAGAAUCCGUUCAGGGUUGCUCAGACUCGGAAGAGGGAUGACAGCAUUAAGGAACUGGACACUGUCAUUAGAGAAAAUGAUAAAAAGCCAAACCAUGAAACUCCUGCAGCAGAAAUUGUUCGACUAAAAGAAGCUGAACCCCAAAAUGUGGACAUCAGCAAAGAGUGCGAAAAACCUGAAAGUAUUUUUUAUGAAAUGGUUUCUAAACCUGAGCCAAAUGGAAUAACUUCUGAGGAAGUGAUGGAUAAAGAAACAAGCAAAGAACAAAUGCCUGAGGACGUUACAUACAGCCCUCAAGAUGAGACACAGAUGACAAAUCAUAAACCAGAAAGCCACCUUGAAGAAAACAGAAAGGACGAUAUUCCUGAACAAGAAGAAACUGUUACUUCUUCUGAAUCAACUCCUGAGGUUUCUAGAGGAAGUCAAACGAUGGCAGUGAAGAGUCUUUCACCGUCGCCUGAGUCCUCAGCAUCACCAGUUCCAUCCACUCAGCCGCAGCUGACAGAAGGAUCGCAUUUCAUGUGUGUGUAGUCUCAGAAGAACUAUGCUGACUUCUAUUGAAACCAUUAAAAGCUAAAGACAUGG